AUGGGAAAGACAGACUUGGAGCAAGUUGUACACGCAACUUACUACUUUCCUAGCCCAACGCCUAGUGGCCACAAGCUCUUUGGUCAGGCUUGGGUGCCAGAGAGCUGUCUUCUCGACCAAGAGAGGACUCGAGCGGAAAUCGAGCGCUCGUUGGCGAAAGCGCCACCGGCUCAGAAGACUGCAAGCAGCAACAACGCAAAAGCUUCAGACUAUGGGGACUUUGGGCGGACACUGUCCGUGGAUGAGUUGAAGGUUUUGCGGCACGACCCGCGAAAUGUUCGCGCUUAUGUCCUUUUCCUCCACGGUUUGCACUCAAACUCGAGUUUUGGGACCAUGGAUCCAAUUGCACGAGGCGAGCUCCACCGUAAGUACCAGGGCAGUGUCCCUCAUCGACUGAACGAACACGGCAUGGUGGUCUUCGCACACGACCACAUGGGACACGGGCGCACGCUGACGGCUUCUGGCAAACACGACCAUCGUGUCAUUGAUCGUUUCCAAACCCUGGAACUGGACGCCCUUCAGCAUAUUGAACUGAUUCGAUCACUGGCGUCCUCUGAUAGCGCUACUGAAGACAACGCAGCGAUGCAAAACAAACCGCUCUUCAUCAUCGGAGAAUCCAUGGGCGGUCUCCUGGCUGUGUGUCUGGCGUUGCACCAUCAUGAGAAAGUGUUCCCCACGCGCGAGUCUACCGGCGGCCUGGUUUUGAUCGCUCCAGCGGUGCUGCCUCCUAGUAACAUGUUCGGCAUUAAGGGGCGCAUUUUAUACCCACUUUCUGGACUUGUGUCGGCGCUUUUUCCUCGUCUCGACGCCGUCAAGAUUCCAGGAUGUGGUUUGUUUCCGGAGAUUCAAAAAGAAUUCGAUUCAGAUCCGUGGACAGGUCGAGGUAUGCUGAAAGCGCGACUGGGACGUGAGAUCAUCCAGGCACAGAAACAAGUUGAGAAACACAUGAAGGAGCUGAAAUGUCCUUUUCUGGUUCUUUAUGGUACAGAAGAUACCUUAACCGAUCCGCAAAAAGGAGCGGAACUGUUCCAGCAAGCCUCGAGCUCGGAUAAGCAAACCAUCAUUCUCAGUGGUAUGUGGCACAUCCUGCUUUAUGAGCCCCGCGCAGACGAGGCUCGGUCGGCAGUGUAUUCCUGGAUCUUUGCACGAUGCUAA